AUGAAGAAGUGGUUGUUGUGCAUGUUUCUAAAAAAGUGUGAAUUUUUUUCAUGGCUUGAUCCAUCACUGCCAAACACUUACUACAAGGAAAGUAUGUGGAAGUUCCAUAUAGAUUUGGAGGAUACUAAGAACAAUAGAGCAUUUAAAAUGGAGAUUUUGAAGCUUUCAGAGGAGGGCAUGAACAACAAAACAGUUCAAGUGGAUAUUUUAAACAUGUUGAAGGUGGUUCUAUGUAUGAUGGUCAUGCCUUUGGUGGUGGGGAUUGUAAUGGGGUUUAUGGUUCACAAUGUUGUGGUUGAAGCACUGUGA